CCUAUCUAUAACUCCCUGUGCUUCAGUAGAAGUAGGAAAAAAUAAUGGUCACUCGGUAUAAAGGAUAUGAAGAUAACAUGGAUAUACAGAGGAUCAAAGUGAAAUUAGUGUAACUGAGAUACCUUAACACUGUACUUUCUUAACAGAAGGAUAUUUUAUCCACACGGUAGAGAAAACGUGCCAUGUUUUCAACCUGUCAUUAUUGUAGAGUUUCCAAAUGGUGUUGGACAGAAGUCUGAAUCAGGAUCUCAUAGGAUUACACUUUGACUAUGUAUUUUCAACAGUACUGGAGAGAUAAGAGACUGGCAUAUGCUGGCAUACCUCUCAACCUGACGCUUGAUAAUCGAGUGGCAGAUCAACUCUGGGUGCCUGACACCUACUUCUUAAAUGACAAGAAAUCAUUUGUGCAUGGUGUUACUGUGAAGAACCGCAUGAUUCGCCUUCAUCCAGAUGGAACGGUGCUUUAUGGCCUCAGAAUCACAACCACUGCAGCUUGUAUGAUGGACUUGAGAAGAUACCCGCUAGAUGAGCAGAACUGUACUCUCGAAAUAGAAAGCUAUGGCUACACGACUGAUGACAUAGAGUUCUACUGGAGAGGUGGAGAUAAUGCAGUCACCGGCGUUGAAAGGAUUGAGCUUCCUCAGUUCUCCAUUGUGGAAUACAGACUGGUGUCCAAGAAUGUUGUCUUUGCCACAGGUGCCUAUCCAAGACUCUCACUAAGCUUCAGGUUGAAGAGAAAUAUUGGAUACUUUAUUCUUCAAACCUACAUGCCCUCCAUACUGAUUACCAUUUUAUCAUGGGUGUCAUUCUGGAUCAAUUAUGAUGCAUCAGCAGCAAGAGUUGCCCUUGGAAUUACAACUGUGCUGACUAUGACAACAAUCAACACACAUCUGCGAGAGACUUUGCCUAAAAUUCCCUAUGUUAAAGCCAUUGACAUGUAUCUUAUGGGCUGCUUUGUAUUCGUCUUCUUGGCCUUACUUGAAUAUGCCUUUGUCAAUUACAUUUUCUUCGGAAAAGGCCCUCAAAGGCAGAAGAAACUUGCGGAAAAAACAGCAAAGGCAAACAACGAUCGCUCAAGGUUCGAAGGCAGCCGGGUGGACACCCAUGGAAAUAUUCUGCUAACAUCUCUUGAAAUUCACAACGAGGUGGCAAGCAACGAGGUCACAACCAGCGUUACGGAUGCCAGAAAUUCAACGAUAUCCUUUGAUAACUCAGGAAUCCAGUACAGAAAACAAAGCUCACAUCGCGAAAGCCUUGGAAGGCGUUCAUCAGACAGAACAGGCUCCCACAGCAAGAGGGGCCAUUUACGAAGAAGGUCUUCACAACUGAAGAUAAAAAUUCCUGAUCUAACAGAUGUGAAUGCCAUCGACAGAUGGUCAAGAAUGGUGUUUCCAUUCACAUUUUCUCUUUUCAACUUAAUUUACUGGCUCUACUAUGUUAACUGAGUGACUGAACUUUUUUAAAGGACUUCAAUUAUAACAAGUGAAGUACUACUUGCCUGCAGAGUUUAUAUAUAUUUAU